AUGAGCUCCUCGCCGGUGGCCACCGCCGCUGCGUCGGCAGCCGUGGUGGCGCUGGCCGUCGCCAACCGCGUGCUCUACAAGCUCGCGCUCGUGCCGCUCAAGGCGUACCCCUUCUUCCUCGCCCAGCUCACCACCUUCGGAUACGUCGCCGUGUACUUCUCGAUACUCUACGCGAGGUGCCGCUCGGGGGUGGUGACUAGAGACAUGCUGGCGCUCCGCAAGCACCGGUUCGUCGCGAUCGGUUUGCUGGAGGCACUUGGAGUCGCUUCUGGCAUGUCUGCUGGAGCUAUGCUACCAGGGCCUGCUAUUCCUAUACUGUCCCAGUCAUUCUUGGUGUGGCAGCUUACCUUCUCUGCCCUGCUUUUAGGGAGGACGUAUUCAGCCAGACAAAUCAUUGGUUGCUUCCUAGUAAUUUCUGGUGUGAUUCUUGCUGUUGCAAGUGGAGGGAAUGAGGGCCAUCUUCUUUCAGAAGUCAAGUUAAUUUGGCCAGCGUUGAUGGUGGCUUCGUCAGCAUUUCAAGCUGGUGCAUCUAUUCUGAAGGAAGCAGUUUUCAUUGAUGGUGCAAAACGUCUUAAGGGGAAGCGGCCAGACAUCUUUGUGGUCAAUUCAUUUGGAUCUGGAUUUCAGGCUCUUUUUGUCUUUCUGCUUCUUCCAUUUCUUUCUAAUUUGAGGGGAAUUAAGUUUGCUGAGCUUCCUGCUUAUUUAAAUGGUGGUGCUGAGUGCUUCUUAAAUGUUGCAGAAAGUCCAAUUGAUUGCGGAGGUGCUCCAUUCCUGCCUUUGCUUUUUAUAGUGGUGAAUAUGGCAUUCAAUAUCUCUCUCCUCAAUUUGGUGAAGAUGUCAUCUGCCCUUGUGGCUUCCCUUACAGCAACAUCAGCAGUGCCAAUAUCAAUCUAUAUUCUUUCACUUCCUUUGCCCUACAUCCCCCAUGGCGCGGAAUUAAGCAUGUCUUUCAUCAUUGGUGCCGUG